UGCAAUCUUCCUAGUGAAAUCUAUGAUUCUGCACACAAUUCCUCAUCUGCCGUCCAAUCUUAGUAAUAAACGGCUGAGGAUGCACAAAAAAACAAGAAGAGCUCGCCCACCACUCGUAGAAAAAUUGAAGCUGCAUCUUUGCUUAUGACAGACAAAUGACAGAAGAAAACAAUGGGCCCGAGUUGCCUCUGCCGCCCACACAUUGUCCUUCUCGGGAGACCUCUUCAAUCGUAUACGAGUAUAGAUUUUAUCGUAUGUCGUAUACGGCGACAAGCCCUUCUGCGCCUAUCCACCAUGAUCUUACAAAAUUAAUCUUUUAAUUACCUGGAUUUAACAUAUUCUCUGACUUAGGAUGCUUAGAUUGUUUGGUGGCUUAAAAAACUUGUUGUGCAAGCCGGCUAUGCAGAGAUUGGAGUUUUAUAAUGAUUAAUGCGAGUAGGAAAAAGUCUGAAACGAGGCGGCCCUGGGUUGGCAAUUGCUGCUUUGUAUGCAACGGCAUUGAAAUCAUUUCAUCUAAAAUAAGUCCGUCCAAUUCGAUGCUCAUUCUACUGUUGUUUACAACUACCAGAUCACCAUUUUCUUCCUGGUCUAAAACGCCAGUACACUAUUUUGGGUUUGGAAGGUUGCCUGAGUUUAUAUUUAUAUCGUCUUUUCUAAGGGCAAACGUUAUUUUGAUUUUAACUUAUGUGGGUUUCCUUGGUUUGUCUAGAAGAUUUUUGGGCGCAGCAUAGUCUUCAAAUCUUAGGAGAAACCUUAGAAAUUGGUCGUAACCGAGGAUUGCUUUUGGCUUUGGUGUAUCCGAAACAGUCAAGCAUCAAUCUUGUUGAAGAUAGGUUUUUUUGGUCGAUGGGUUUUAGAUUAUUCUUUUUUAUUUUAUAUGAAGUUCUUUAUUGUUUGGUUUAGAAUUUCAAUGUACUGAGUGGCUAGUUAUAGGGGUGUGCUGCUGCUUUAAAUCAGUAUAGAUUUAGUUACAUAUUCCACAGCAUCUAAGUUGGGGACUGUGGUAGUUUUGCUGGGCAGCAUUAACUUGAAAUUGUUUUAUUUUUGGGCUUCUUACUUAAACCGAGCAGGUUGAAAAGAGAAGCUAAGGUAAUGGGUUGUUUAGUCACCAGAUUGCUGGUUUUGGUGAUAGCUUUCAUGGAUAGAAUAAUAACAAACGGUAAACUGAGUGAUUAUAUUCCAUGGUCUUCAGCUCUGUGUAAAGAAGACUCUGAUUCUCUAUCUGGGCUUGGGCCUAAGAUGAAUGAAACGGUUUCCAUGUCUGAAACCAAAAGAGCAGCUCGUGAUUUUGGUGGCGUAUACAACCAGAAGCCUGCUUCUGUUGUAUAUUCUGAAUCACUGGAUGACAUAGUCCGAGUGGUUAGAAAAGCAGCAUCAUCUGAUCAUCUGACAGUGGCAGCCAGAGGAAAUGGGCAUUCCACCUAUGGACAAGCUCAGGCCCUGAAUGGAAUAGUUUUGGAUAUGUCUGCCAUGAAAGGCAUUGCUAUUCAAGAGGAGGGAGUUUUUCCUUAUGUUGACGUUGAAGCAGGAGCAUUGUGGAUUGAUGUUCUUAGGGCGGCUCUCAAAGUUGGGCUUUCUCCUCGUUCCUGGACUGAUUACUUGUUUCUGUCUAUUGGCGGAACCCUUUCCAAUGCCGGUAUUAGUGGCCAAACCUUCCGUUUUGGACCCCAGAUAAGCAAUGUUGCACAGCUGGAAGUAGUCACAGGAAAGGGAGAAGUCAUGACAUGCUCUCCACAGCGUCAUGAGGAGCUUUUUUACGGAGUAUUGGGUGGACUUGGUCAAUUCGGGAUAAUAAGCAAAGCAAGGAUUGUUCUACAACGCGCUCCCGAUAAGACGAGGUGGAUGAGGCUCGUCUACUCCGACUUCGAGGACUUCAGGCGCGACCAGGAGCUAAUUAUUUCUUCGCCCGAGCACACCACUUUUGACUACAUGGAAGGAUUCGCUGUGGUCAAUAGUAACGAUCACGUCAAUGGGUGGCCUUCCAUACCGUUAUCACCUGACGUCACCUUCGACUCCACGCUCAUACCUGCUACUGCUGGCCCACUUCUCUAUUUCAUCGAAGUCGCUAUUUACUACAAUGCUACACAGUCCAUGGCUUCUCUAAAUAAGCAAACGGAGAGAAAGCUGGCUUCUCUGAAUUUCAUCAAAGGAUUGAGCUUUAGCACUGAUGUAACAUACGUGGAGUUUCUUAACCGCGUGUACCGUGAAGAGAUAGCUGCCAGAGCUUCCGGAGCGUGGGAUGCGCCUCACCCCUGGUUAAAUCUGUUCGUACCCAAGUCCAAAAUUGUAGAGUUUAACGACAAGGUGCUUAAGGAGGUCCUUGCAUAUGGCAUUGGAGGGCCUCUCCUUGUAUACCCACUUCUUAAAAACAAGUGGGAUUCACGGAUGUCGACUGUGGUACCCGAUGAGGACGUGUUCUAUCUGGUGGGUCUUCUACGCUCUAGUCGACAUGGGGGUCCUUCCGUAGAGAGGCUCUUGGAAGAGAAUGACCACAUCCUCAGAAUAUGUGAAACGAGCGGCAUGGACAUCAAGCAAUAUCUUCCUCAUUAUAAGAUGGAUGGAGAGUGGAGGAAGCAUUUUGGUACUACAGGGUGGGAUCGAUUUAAGAGGAGGAAGGAGAGGUACGAUCCUCUUGCUAUUCUUGCUCCGGGCCAAAGAAUUUUUUCUAGAUCGUAAUGUCUAGUGAGCAUGCAAUGUGGCUGCUGGGUAAAAUGUUGUAUCAUUUGGUGAACAUCUUUAGUCAUACGAAAGCAUUAAGAAUCCGCAUAGUUUGUACGCGGCGGAGAAGCUGAGAGCAAUAUACAAGGACCAAGAGCAGAGCUGCAUCGUCAGAGGGAAGGAAGAGUAAUGUCCACAUAUAAGCUCGAAAAUGAUUUGAUCGAGGAAGCUAUGAAUGCCCGGUCAGUGAUGACCCACAGGUGUCCUCCUGCUACUCAUGUCUGGCAUGCGAAGGAUAGGCAGUUUAGCUCGGGAUGUGGUGGAGAGAAGAGAAGGAAGCAUGCCACCCUGGUGAAGAUUUGCUCCUGCUGGAACGUCAUGUUUCUACUAUGAUGUGAGAUUCGAUUGUAAGGGUGGUUUCACAUUCUUUAGUUAACAAUGGAGCUUUAUUGUUUCCACGUCUGUAAUGGUAUAGCACAAAAGAGUAUUGUGCUUAUCCCUAGAGCGCAUAGUUCUACCAGACAUUAGUAGAGCCAGCCUGCGUAAAAAGGGACAUAUCCUGUCUAUAUGGGCAGAUAUAUCAAUGACGGUGAGUACCAACCUGUAUUCUGGUACUUCACAAUGUAUCUCGAUGCAGUUGUUCUGUUGUAAGGAGCUUCAGCUUAGUUUAA